GCAGAGGACUUGGGGAAGGCACAUUGCGCUGCAGCUUCAAAUCCCGGCUCCUCUCCGGCCCCUAGAACCCGCACCCCUCGCCCCUCUAGUGGCCGAAAUGAGCCUCCUGCCCAGCCGCGCCGCCCGCGCCCCGCACCUUUCGGGCUCGCUGUUCGCGCUGCUCCUGCUGCUGCUGCUGCUGACGCCGCCGGAGCCCUUCGCCAGCGCCGGUCCUGUCUCGGUCAUAGUGAGGGAGCUGCGUUGCGUGUGUUUAACCACCACACCGGGGAUUCAUCCCAAAAAGAUCAUGAAAAUGCAGGUGAUCGGGGCCGGGCCACAGUGCCCCAAGGUGGAAGUCAUAGCCACCCUGAAGAACAAGAAGGAAGUCUGUCUGGACCCAGAAACCCCAGCGCUGAAGAAAGCCAUCCAGAAAAUCUUGGACAGUGGGAAAAAAACUGAUUAAGAGAGAGGACCAUCCGUUGGAAAAAUGGCCCAGUUCCUUAGCAGAGCAGCUUUCUGCAGGUCUCAGGACCCAGUGAAGACAAAACGCAAGGACUGGUUUUCUCCAGUGAGUUAGGCUUCUUCAUGAACUCCCUACUUGUGAAAAAAAGGUCAAGGGAGGGACCUAUUUUUGUCCUUCCAGCCUAAUGCGCGCUCCUGAAGUAUUGAACAUAGUAUUCCCCGCUAUUUAUUUGCUGUUAUUUUGCCUGCUGUGCUAUUGAAACCUUUGGCAAUUGACUAAAUUGUGAGUCAAAAAUCACUGGUUGUUAAUCUUUCAAGGUGACUAUUGUUAUUUUAGAAUAUAUUCCUGACAGUGUUACUGAGAAAGCUGUGGGUUUAAUGUGUGAAUGAUAUUUCAUUGGAAUGCUGUAUGUGGAGAGAAAUUGCUACCGUUACUCUUCAUGAAAUAGGAAAUACUUUAGCAUUGUUUCUUCGGGAAUAUGUUAGGAGAACUCGCUCUAAGACCCGGGAUGCUGUGUUGUCUUAGAAACCUGAGUGUCUCCUGCAGUUAUCUGUAUAAAGUAUAUUUCCUUAUUUAGAAUUUUUAAAUGUUUAAGUUCUGUAAGGAACUUAAUAUAUUCUUCUCCUAUAACUUUAGACAUUUGAUGUCUUCUAAGUAUGGCAUAAUGUCAUGACUUACUUGCUAAACUUUAAUUUUAUGGUAUAUACUAACAUUUUUUUAGGAGUACCAUUAUUCUAGUCACUAAGUAUAUGUUUGGAUAGAUGAAGAAGCUAGGAUAAAGGUAAAUUCCCUACUUCAGUUUUUAUAGAAAUGCAUUAUUUGCAGUUUUUAGGAACAAAAAUAAACUUAACAAGGAUCUGUACUCUGACAGUUUUAAAAAUGAGCUAUUUAAACAUAGAUUCAUAUUUAGCUUUCAAAAAAUAUACACAGGUUAAGGUUUUGACCAUUUUUUAAAUAAAGAAUUACCUAUGCAUCGCAA